AGCAACAGACCUGCUUUGAUCGUUUGAGGAUCGUGAAGCAAAAUAUUAAUGGUUAAAAUGCUUUGCAUAAGAAACAUGAGCUCUUGUUACAUAACCCUUGGUCUAUAAAUGGAAUCCUGAAUGCCUCCUAAAUUAGUCUUGCUAAGACUUUUGUGGAACAAAACGGAAAUUACAAAGUGACUGGACUUUUGAUAUGAACUCCAAACAUGGACCAAACAAAGAAUCCUAACAGACCAUACAUCCAGACAAUGCUGAUACUUCUAAUACUUUCUCCAUUGGUAAGGGGAGCAUCUCUGCAGAGAACCACCAGCUCUGCUCCAAGGCUUUUUCUGCCAGGAUGGGUUCCUAAUGCUUGUACAUUAGUUAUAUGUGCAUCUGCUGAGACCAGACCAAAAGGAGAAGAGGGAGAUCAAGGAUUACCAAGACCUCAAGGACUACAGGGUCCAGCAGGACCAACUGGCAUUCCUGGUUCAGAAGGAGAUAAAGGCUCUAUAGAUGGAAAAGGAUCAAGUGGAAACAGUAAUCUUCCAGAGCUGGAAAGCCUUAAAACACAAAUAAGGGGCUUGGAAACAGAGUUGGAGGGUUUGAAAGCUGCCAUCACCAAAACUCAAAAAGUUCUCCUUGCCCCCAACGGCGUGAUGGUUGGUGAGAAGGUAUUCAAAACAGAUGGAUCCAGAGGUGAUUAUCAUGCUGCGCAUGAGACUUGCUUGCGCAUGGGUGGCGCACUUGCCUUCCCGAGGAAUGCGGCAGAGAACAGUGCCCUGCAAAAAAUAGUGACCUGGUAUAACAGAAGAGCAGUCCUUGGGAUCAACGACAUGGCGACAGAAGGGAGGUUUGAGUACCUGAAUGGCGACGUCAUUGGGUACUCUAACUGGGCCCCAGGAGAACCAAAUAAUCUUGGCAAUGAGGACUGUGUAGAAAUGCAUCAAGAUGGCAAAUGGCAUGACAGAGGCUGCACACUUGAGUGGUUAGUCAUUUGUGAAUUCUAAAAUCAGGAGGUGUGGGGGUGGCCAUGUUUGCGAGGCGAAGGAAUAGUUUGUUCUAAUUCUUUCAAAAUUCAGAACCCCUCUAGCUUGAACAGUAAGUUACACAAGUGAUAUUCAAGAUGCUACUUUCCUUUACCUGACUGUGUGCAGAAAGAAUAUGGCAAAUUUAAUGUGAGGCAUGUGAUUUCUAGUAAAGCAUGUCCAAGAAUAAAAAUACACACUAUGAGUACACAGACAUUCAGGCAACAUCCAUCCCCAUGGUAACAACAAGAAAACUACACUGGAAUGCCCACGUGCCUUUUCAACCAAUCCCAAAAAUGCAAAACUGACAUUUCCUUCUUUGUAGCCCAAUUAAAGGAAUUGUUCCUCACCUGCACAAGAAUGUAUCAUAAAGGCUACUCCAGCUCAGACCAUGGCAUAACCUCAUAAGGCGCUCAAGGAAUUAUACCAAUGAUUCUAGUAUUCGGAUUCAGGAACAUUGCGCUCUGUACCAGCAUAGGAGCUUGCUGAAGAAAGAAAUAGCAGAGCAACAACACUCACCACCAUUUCAGGUGAUCAGCGGUAAUUGUAGCUACCAACACAAGAGGCCAAAAGACUUCCAGUUGAUCCUAUAAGGCUACUGACUCUGACAUUUCUUCCAGGUUUGUGCUAUUUGUUGCUCGGACAUAGGUUGGGUUGUUCCAGAA